GAUAGACAAAUGCUUGUGUACAGUGUCUGCUUUUCUAUGUGUGUGUGCUGCUUUGAUACAUAAAUACUGCUCACCCAUUCUCUGUAUUUACCCAUUGCUUGCAGUUCCUGUCACUCACUGACCCUAUCUCUCAUGCUAAUUAGAAUGUUAGAAACAUACACAUUAAUAAAUAGGCAGAUGGAAAUACUUUGGGUAUAGAGGAGAGAAUGCAACAGGUUUAUGCCUCACACACGCCUCCUUCUGUCUCUCCUCCCCUAGUCUGCUUGCCUACUCCUUUAACUGCUUUAAUUAUACACGCACUUCAUUACUUCCACAACACUGUCCCUCACACUCCCAUUCCAUGCUCUCCUUGCAAUCUUUUGGCAACUUUUCAGGGUCUCUAGCUCACUAGAAACUUUUUUUUUUCUGUCUGUGUUUGUGUCUGUCCCUGUCUUUUAAUUUCUUCACCUUUCCUGUUUCUCACUCCCUCUUUCUCUAACCUAAUGUUUCCCUUAUUUCAACAAUUUCUUUUAUUCCCAACUUUUCUUUACUUUAAUUAUUAUAAUCUCCGUUUGCACACUCUUUUGUAACUCUCACUGGGUGCUCCUCCACCCCCCCCACCACCAAAGCCACCUCUGACUCACAUCCCAAGGUCACUUAGACGAUUACUUGGAAUAUUCUGCACCUUCGUAGGAAGUUUUACAGUGAUUGAAGGAAAGAUGCCCUCAGGCGGAUUCCAACCAGUUGAAGGGGGACAGCAGGUUGUCCGCUCGGGGGUCACAAAGACUCUUGUGCUGUCUGUUUUUACUGCCAUCUUGGGGUCACUGCAAUUUGGAUACAACAUUGGAGUCAUCAAUGCACCGCAAAAGAUAAUUGAGCAAAGUUAUAACGAGUCUUGGAUAAGUCGAAAUGGCCUAGAGUCUCCUCCAAUAGAUGCUGGAUAUCUGAAGACACUAUGGUCUCUCUCAGUUGCCAUUUUUUCUGUUGGUGGAAUGGUGUCCUCUUUAAGUGUGGGAGUCAUCUCUCAAUGGCUUGGAAGGAAACGAGCAAUGAUUAUAAAUAAUGUAUUUGCCUUUAUUGGUGGGAGUAUGAUGGGUCUGUGCCAGAUCAGCCAAUCAUAUGAGAUGAUGAUUGUGGGGAGGUUUAUGAUUGGAGUCUAUUCAGGUCUGUCUUCAGGGUUGGUACCAAUGUAUGUUGGUGAGAUUUCUCCAACUCACCUUCGGGGAGCACUGGGAACCCUCCAUCAGCUAGCUCUUGUUAUUGGGAUUCUAAUAGCUCAGGUGCUCGGUCUGGAUACAUUGCUGGGAUCUAGAUCUCGAUGGCCUGCUCUCUUCUGGUUGACUCUAGUCCCGGCAGCUGUACAAUCUCUAAUGCUCCCAUUCUGCCCAGAAAGUCCACGAUUCUUGUACAUAGUGUGUGAACAGGAGGCUCAGGCUAAGAAGAGCCUCCGUCGUCUCACUGGGCUAACUGAUGUCUCAGACGAUAUCUCUGACAUGAAAGAGGAAAAAAGACAGAUGGAUUCAGCACCAAAAGUUUCCAUCUUACAAAUCUUCAGGUCUCGCACAUAUCGACAACCAAUUCUGGUCGCCAUUGUAUUGCAGCUCUCUCAGCAACUGUCUGGCAUCAAUGCGAUAUUCUAUUACUCUACUGAUAUAUUCUCCAAGGCAGGAGUAGAGCAGCCGAUAUAUGCUACAAUUGGAGCUGGGAUUGUAAACACAGCCUUUACUGUUGUAUCGCUUUUCCUUGUUGAAAGGGCUGGACGGCGGACCCUACACCUCCUUGGAUUAGGAGGGAUGAUUGUUUGCGCAUUAUUAAUGACUGUAGCAAUGGUAUUGCAGGAGACAAUGCCCUCCCUCAGCUACCUCAGUAUGAUUGCAAUAUUUGGCUUUGUGGCAUUCUUUGAAAUUGGCCCUGGUCCCAUUCCAUGGUUUAUUGUAGCCGAGCUGUUCAGCCAAGGCCCUAGACCUGCAGCCAUGGCUAUUGCUGGCUGCACAAACUGGACAUCAAAUUUUAUGAUUGGCAUGGGCUUCCAGUAUGUGGCGGAUCUUUGUGGACCAUACGUCUUCCUACUUUUUGCAGCACUUCUCUUAGGAUUCUUCAUCUUCACCUAUUUCCGGGUCCCUGAGACUCGUGGUAGAUCAUUUGAUGAGAUCUCUCAUGCCUUUCGUAGGAGGAACCCCUCACUCUUAGAUCAUGAGGUGAAAGCUAGCACAGAGCUUGAGAGUCUGGGUGGAGAAGAUGCAUGAUGUGGAUGGAGCAGAGGGGGAGGAGUUGCAUACAAAACUCAUCUCUGCAUAACAGGACUGGAACUGUGCCAUUGUUAAGAAUGAUACAGCAUAAUUUCGGAUUGUGGCAGGAUGCCCUUUAGAGAAGCAGUCUUGGUAUGGUAUCCUGUCAUAAGUACAGCCACAGCACUGGAAUGCCAUUGGUACACUCAAAGAUCUACUGUAUUACAUAACUCAAACAUUCAUUACCUUCAAACCAGAACUCUUGCCCAGCACUGGGCAGUAAGGGUAAUAAGUGGGUUGUGGGGCCAGAAGACCAACUGGGAUGAAAGAAUGAUUGUACAAGCAGUGAUUUGUUACAAUGAACUAUAUAUUGGUAUAUAUUUUUUUUAUUUAAAUUUUGCUGUGUUUAAGUGUCCUGAUACUUUUAUUAUUACAUAAGUUCCCUGCUCAUGGUGACAGUCUAUCUUUGAGCAUUUAAUAUAAAACUAAUCAGAUGGUGAAGGAGAAACUUUAGCUACCUGCUUAAUGCACAUUUGUCUCAUGACUUGAAGUGAACUAAGAGUUCAUUCUCCGACACCCAAAGAGUAUCUUCACAUUGAUCAUGAGCAGUGAAUACACGCUGCCUACACAACCCUCAUUUGUAUAUGAAAAAUAAAAAAUUAGAAAAGUAAA